AUGGUCUUGGUCCAUGUGGCUCAGCUAAAAACCAACUGUAUAUUCUUUUUCAGGACAGUACGUAGGAAAAUAAUUGGUUACGAAGUACGAUCUGUCAAUACCGCGUGGGGUGUGGUGAAUGGUGAAGUAGUGCACCCAGAUGGUGUCGAUUUAGCUCCAGUAACACAAUUUCUUGGUGUACCCUAUGGUGUAGCUCCGUCUGGACAGUUUCGCUUCAAUAUGGCCAUAUCAGCAGCAAAAUGGACGCAUUUACCAAAAGAAGCACGAAAACUCGCUCCAGCAUGUAUACAAACACAGCUACCAGAACUCAGCGAGACAAGGUUGGGCGAAAAGAUUUUUGGAUACGAGAAUUUACUCAUGACUAUUAUUUUCAGUAUAAAAUUAUUUGACUAAAA